AACCUGCACAUCUGGCGCUCAGAGAGCGCCAUCUAGGAGCGCCUGGGCGCUGGGCCGACUCCUGUCCGGGUUGGGCGGGGGACAUUGGGGUUUCCAACCUGAGUUUGGAACUAGCCAGCCCGAGGGUGUCCCCUUUGUCUCCCCUUUGCCGAGGAGGGACUGCGGGAGGGAAGGGGGACAACUUCAGCCCGAGGCAGGGAGGAAAAGGCAGAAACUAACUUUCCGGGCUUCUGUUUGCCUGUCUGUAAAAUAGGCAGAGCAAUGGUAAACUUGUUCCCUAAAGUUGUGAGGAUUAAGACAGUUCGUUUACAGAGCAGUUCUUGGCUUACGGGUGGUGCUCAGUGUAAGCUUGUAUUAUCGUUUGUCGGAUGGGGAGCGUGAGUUUCCGGAACAGAAGGAAGGUUGGCACAGGUAGGAUCUGACCCAGGCAGUCUGCCUCCGGGACUGGAGGUGUGGUUAGGUUCUGUGGGACCACUGACUUGGAAUCCAGGAUUUUUCAAGUACUGUCUGAAACACUCCUCCCCCAACAUCCUAUUCUCCCAUUUUGAAGAAACUAAGGUUCAGAGAGGUUGAGUGACAGGCUUCAGGUCACACAGCCUUUUUUAGGAGACCGUGCAGGGACAUUUUGCACCUUGGGUUUCUCACUUCCAGCGCCUUGACUGCCAGGUUACCCUCGUCCCCUGCCUGCUUUGGCUUUUGCUACUGUGGGGGCAAAAGACCCUGGACCUUGGGCUUCUGCCUCACUUGGGGCCCGAGGGACAUAAGCAUUGGUGGCCAAGGACACAGGGCAAGAGGGCAAGUGAGCUUUGAACUCCAGUUGUGUACCCAACCCAGAUAGGGAAGGUGGGCAAAUCAUGCCUGUUUUACAGAUGAGGAAACUGAGGUGCAGAGAGGUGCAGAGAAGAAACGCCUUGUGCCCACAGUCCCUCAGCCAUCGAAAGAGUGGGGCUUCACCACAUACAAGUUCCCUCUUCCUCCGGAUCACCUGGCUGCCCACCUUUCAAGGCUUUAAGAGCUGCUUUGGGGAGAUGGGAUUGGCCAGGAACCUGGCUGUGAGUCACAAAGCCACCGUGACACCAGUGCCCCAAGGCCGGCCAUCUGCCUGGUGGGUUCAGCUUCAAAGGCAGGUCUGUGACCCUCCAAGGUAUGAAGUCUGACUGGUCCAGCCAGAAGGGGAUACUUCUGCAAAGCAGAGCUGAGCCGCCUAGGAGCCAAAGCAAGGCAGCAAGCAACACAGCUACAGGUGUCACCCAGUGGGCAGAGCUCCUAUCAGCCGUCCCCAACCUUCAAGACAAAGUGGGGACACUGCGUCUGCAGCUACAGGUGUCACCCAGCGGGAAGAGCUCCUAUCAGCCCGUCCCCAAUCUCCAAGGCAAAGCAGGGACACUGCAUCCACGGCCCCGGCAUGAGCCGCCUGCAUCCGAGGAGACCCUUGUGCAACAGCCAGACAAGGACGAGACGGUGGCUCAUCAUGUCCCAUGCCUCCGGGCUGCGGUGGAGAGCCAGACCUUCAAGAAUGUCCUGGUGGACGAAAUGGACAUGAUGCUGUCCCACGCAGCCACCCUCAUCCAAGCCAACUGGAGGGGCUACCGGCUCCGGCAGAAGGUAAUCUCUCAGGUGAUGGUGACCAAGGCCAUCCAGGAGGCCUGGCGACGCUUCAGCACCAGGUGCCUCCUCCAGUCUGGCAAGACGGUGGAGAAAAAAGCGAAGGUGGAGGAGAGGGACAUCCCUUACCACUCGCCCCGGCAGGUGCGGUUCCAGCAUCUGGAAGAGGGCAAGUCCCUUCUGGCCCAGCCCACCAUGGUGAGCAAGGAGACCCAGUUUCCUUCCUCCAACGGCCUGGCCGCUUGUACCCACCAGCUGGCCUUGCUGCAGUCCCAGGGCAUGUCACAGCCGGGUACGUGCUCUGUCGGAGGCCCCAGCGUCGCCUUUCUUCCACACCAGACCGCUGCCAUCAGACUUCCGUGUCCUGUGAGUCCAGAGGCGAAGUGCCUCCCAUGCCUGCUGACAAGAACCAUCAGAAAUGCCUGCCUUGUCCACGGAGAGGGGGACAUGAUGAAGACCAAGCAAGUUACUGCCAGAGCUAACAAGGCAGGAGGCCCGGGGCCACCACCAUCCGGAAGACGUGCCCAGGCAGUUCAAGGACAACUCAAGAGCCAGACCCAGGCCCACAUGGAAGCAGAGGUCCUCGAAGGGCCACCACAGACAGGCCCAGCACCCGUGAUAACCAAGACCCCAGCCCAGACGUGCCCACAAGCCACAGUGACCAAGACCCUACUCCAGUCAUGCCUAGCGGCCACGAUGAACAAAAUCCAAUCCCAGCCGUGCCCAGUGCCCGUGAUAACAAUAACCAAAACCCCACCCCAGCCCUGCCCAGCGACCCCGGUGACCAAGACCUCAGUUCAAAUGAGACCAUCAGCCUCGAUGACCAACACUUCACCCCGGACACGACCAGCAGCCACGAUGACCAAGGCCCCACCCCAGACGUGUGCAGCGCUCGUGACGGCCAAGACCCCACCCCAGGUGCGCCUGGCAGCCACGAUGACCAAGACCCCAUCUCAUCAGACACUCCAAGGCGUCUCGGUGACCAAAGGUCCUCCUGCCCAGACACGCCUGGCGGCCAUGGUAACCAAGACCCCAGCUCAGUUACGCUCAGUAGCCGCCAUCCUCAGGACCCUGUGCCUGCCCCCUCCAGCAGCUGAAAAUCUCAAACCUCCACCUUCAGCAUUGGCGGCAGCUGGAAUUCCCGACACCUCAUCCCACACAUGUCUAAGUGGACUGAAGGCCAAGGCUGUGGUGAACGCGAGGCAGGCAGCAGGGGUGACCAAGGUCUCACCCCACCCGUACUUGACUAAGGGAAAAAUGAAAUGCUUCCCCCCAUCACAUCUGGGGGCUGGGGAUCCCAAGCCUACAGCCAGGCCUCCUUCGGAAGGUGAGAAAAUCAAGGACUUCUCCCAGAAACGGGUGAAAACAGAAACAGCGUCUAACAUCAGUGAGGCCAUGGAAGUGCCCGUGGUGUCGUCCUGGUCAAAAGUGGCUGAGGAUGGGAGCAAGCAGGCACACCUGAGGACGGAUGUCGUGAAGGCCCUAUCCCAGGUGGCCCUGAGGUCUGGAGUCGUCCUCCCCAAGGCUGCCGCGAAAACGGCGGGAAGCGGGGUGACUGUGAUGCCGACCCUGGUGGAGGUGGACUGCAGGAGGAGCCCGUCGGCUGCAUGGGGUCCCACCCUGGGCCCCAUGAGACUACAGCCCAGCAAGGGUCCUGAGGACAGUGGCGUGUCUGGCAGCCAAGCGUGGAACUCUGCUGUCCCCAGCGUAGCGGUCGGGCCCAGAGACGGCACUGCGGCCCCUGGGGGCGCGUGGGAUGUCAUGGCGGCGGUGGAUCCCAGACAGCCGGGGGAGCUGGUGACGUCGUCGGCGCAGGCUGUGGAGGAGAUAAUCGUGCAUGCGGUGGUCAUCCUCCAGGCGUGUACACGUGGCUUCCUGGUGCGCCGUACCAUCAAGGUGUGGCAUCAGUGGGCCAUCCCCAUCCAGGCUGCCUGGCGUGGCUACCGUCUACGGCGGGACCUGGCCCAGCUCUGCAGAGCCGCCACAGUCAUCCAGGCUGCGUGGCGAGGCUUCUGCAUCCGCCGGAGCUGCACCCAGCAGAUGCUGCUCCCAGGCAUGUGGGCUGAGACGGGCAGCAGGGCCAGGACCACGUUUGAUCACCGCUGCUUCCAGUCCUGCCACCCACGUGUCUGUAGUCUCUGCCAGUCACUGAGCUCCGGACUGGGGAGCCCACCCAUCGUGGUGAUGCUUGUGGGUUCCAGCUCCCGCACAUGCCACAUAUGCAGCCAUACCCUGCCCACCAGGGUGCUGCAUGGCACGGGCCAGGGUGCUGCGGGCCAGGCCGGCAUGCCACGGGGCUGCCUCACCCGGUCAAACCCCCAGAGCCCCUGGCAACCCCAUCACCAGAGCCAGAGCAAGGCAGCCACGGCCAUUCAGUCAGCCUGGAGGGGCUUCGCUGUACGCUGCCAGCUGAAGCAGCGGCGGUUAGCAGCCAAGGUGCUUCAAGCCACCUGGCGCGGCCAUUGCACCCGGGCCUCUCUCACCACGGAUGCGCUCUUGGGACCAGCGGCGUGGGACAACUCACAGCACAUGCCGUGGCUAGGUGUCUAGGACCUUGGCUUACCAGUGGGGGAACACCAGGGGAGGAGCCAUGUGGCUCUCUGGGUCUAAUGAAUAAAGCCCUCC